AUGGGCGACCCUCCCAUGUCCAAGAGACGAGAUCAAAAGGAGAAGAUCAUAUCAUACACCCCUGAAGAGAUCUUCGGAGCGUGGAUAAGUAAACAAGCCCAGCCACUCGUCCCCGGCACAACCAAGAAGUUGUUUCGACUGCUGUUCCCCCAUGAAGGCGCGAGGCGGCGCUACGAUAUCAAGGAGACGCGGCUGGCAUCAUUACUCGAGCAAACUCUGGGUAUUAAGGGAUUGACGAGGUGGGAUGCUGUUUCGUUGAAUGGAGUACGGAAGACUGGCUGCCUCGGAGAAGAGCCUAACGGGAACUCUACCAUGACAAUAGGCGAAGUCGACGCUCUUCUGGAUCAGUUGGCCGCGGGCUCGUCAUGGUCUCAGCUCUCUCAGAUACCCUCCGACCGUCCGACUCAGAUGACCAUUCUUCAAAGGCUCUUUCGCGACUCGGGGAUGUCACCCUACGCGCUCUCUGUGCUGACGCAAAUCAUACUUCGGGAUCUGCGACCUCUCCUGUUCCCUCUACCCCUACGAUAUGUCGGUCGCCCGGAACUACUCAUUCGCGAAACGAUUUCCAGCGCUCCGAAUUUACUCACAGUAGAAAGCGCCAUGUUCCGUUGGGACACAACGAUGGCCAAGCUAUAUCGAGAAGGCAAAGGCAACAUUGACUGGUGUGCCACAAAAGCUGAAGAGAUUCGAAUGAGCGAGCAGCGAAUGGAGGUUGCCCCUGGACCAAUCCUUGGGAUCAAUGUGAAAGUAGGGCCUCUUCUCGUCCCUUACUGA